AUGAGAGCUUUUCGGCGGAAGAGCAGUUGUUCUCUUACGCUUCUUUUUUGUCUUUUUUGUAUUCAUUUUUCGGUGUCCUCGAAAGGGGGCUUUGUUGAAGUUUCGGCGAAGAAAACUGCUGCUUCGGAAUCUUCAUCAUCAUCAUCGAAUCAGUUUGGAAUAUCCGCGACAGCUUUUGGGACGUGGCGAGAGGUCUUCAACGCGGCUCCAUCUCGAGCGGAAGAAUCUAUUAAAGAUGACAUCUCUCCACCGAUUAAAAUAUACGUGUAUAACGACGCGGACGUGAAGAAACUCUUGUUCCCAGGGAAAGAGACGCAAGCGUACAAGUCUGGAGUGUGCGGGAUGAAGAUGUACGGGAGUCAAGUGCACAUCGCGGACUUCUUGCUGAAAUCGAAAGAGUUGAGGACGGAGAAUCCUUCGGAUGCGGAUUUUUUCUUCCUCCCGGGGUGGCCGAAGUGCAUGUUGGACGCGCCGCCGAACGGGGCGGGAUUAACCGACGACGAGUUAGCGAAGAGGUUGAACGGCGUCAUCGAGAAGCUGCCGUAUAUUAAGAAAUCCGGAGGGAGAGAUCACGUUUUCGUCUGGCCGAGCGGAAGAGGGCCGACUUUGUACAAGAAUUGGCGGUGUAAAAUACCAAACUCAAUAUUUUUAACUCCGGAAGGGUUUUAUACCGAUCCGUAUAGAACGUUAGCGCCGUAUUUUGAUCCUUGGAAGGACGUCGUGUUGCCGGGAUUUAUGGACGGUAGGAAAGAUUCGUAUUUAGAAACAAACAAGAGAACGAGUAAGAGGACAAAGUUAGCAUCGUUUGCGGGGACCGUACCAGAUGGGCAAGCGUUGAAAGGGGACGAGAAGCACGUAAAAGCGCAUCCGAGAGAACGGUUGUUGAAACUUUCGAAAAAGUAUCCGGACGAUUUGCUCGCGAUUUCGGGUCGGACGCCAAAGUACGCCGAGAUUUUAGGAGAUAGCAAGUUUUGUAUCGUUCCCAGAGGCUUAUCGCCGUGGACGUUGAGAACGUACGAGACCUUUUUUGCCGGAUGCGUGCCGGUGAUUAUUUCAGAUUCGGUGAGGUUACCGUUUCAAGAGUUUUUAGAUUGGUCGUUGAUUUCCAUCAAAUGGCCCGAGGCCAAAAUCGACGAGUCGUUGUUGACGUAUUUGAAGAGUAUUCCGGACGAGGAGAUUGAAAAAAUAGUUAGAAGAGGAGAGCAGGUGAGGUGCGUGUUCGCGUACCAAGCGGAUGCGACGAAAUGUAACGCGUUUUCAGCCAUCAUGUGGGCGUUGAGUCUGAAAGAUCGAAACGUGGCAAGUACGAGCGAGUGGGCUCUCAGAGACGAAAUGUGA